UGUUACGUCAGGUAGUCCAUAAGCGUCACGUGAUUUCACGUCAGAGGGAACAGCAAAAGAACAAGAUGGAGGAAUAUGCCAGAGAGCCAUGCCCCUGGAGGAUUGUGGACGACUGUGGGGGAGCCUUCACCAUGGGAGCUAUUGGAGGAGGAAUAUUUCAAGCAGUAAAAGGCUUCAGAAAUUCACCCUCAGGAAUGAACCACAGAAUGAAAGGUAGCUUGACUGCCAUCAAGACCAGAGCCCCACAGCUCGGAGGAAGCUUUGCAGUUUGGGGAGGCCUCUUCUCCAUGAUUGACUGUGGUUUAGUAAAAGUACGAGGGAAAGAGGAUCCCUGGAACUCAAUUACAAGUGGGGCCAUGACGGGAGCUAUCCUCGCUGCAAGAAAUGGACCAGUAGCCAUGGUGGGCUCUGCAGCCAUGGGAGGUAUCCUGCUGGCGUUGAUAGAGGGUGCUGGAAUCUUGCUUACUAGGUUUGCCUCUUCACAGUUCCCAACUGGGCCCCAGUUUGCAGAGGAACCUGCCCCGGCCCCCAUGCCUGCCCCUUCCUUUGGAGACUACAGACAAUACCAGUGAGAGGACUCCCCCCACUUCUUAUCCUCUAGGCCUUUUUCUAAUUCCUUGCUGAAGUUACAAAGAAGAAAUGGAGAUGUAAAAAUACCACACCUCAACCAAUAGCAACUGCACCUAACUUUAUGGACUGUGUCAGAGAAGUGAAGGACAAAAUGCAUCUUGAUUUUCCUUCUUUCAAGAGCCAUGUACAGAUCUGCCUUUUGCCAUUCUCAGCCUUGUCAUAUACAUCUGUUUCACUUUGGUUAAAUACAGAUCUGUGGUGAGAUUUGUUGUUGGUAGGGACGAGGUGUGUUUCUGUUUUGUUCAUAUACUGCUUGUAGUCCAACCAGUGGGAGGUCAAGACAGCUCUGGACAACGAUGAACCUAGCAAAAAUAUGUCACACUCGGAACUGUAUAUACAGUAAAGGUUGUCUGCUUGUAUACACCUAUGUUAGUCUUUAUUUGCCCUACAUAUUGUCACCUGCUUGUGCUGGCCAUUGACAUUUGGCUGGCCAUUUUUUUUUUACUUGAUUUUAAUCAAUGAAGGCAAACACCAAUUAGAUAUAAUGCUAUUCCAGUGGGAACUUCUUCUUUUUUUUUUUUAAAAGAGUGAUUUAUUUAUUUUAGUCUGUAAAGAGUUUUACCAGAUUGUUCCAUUUUAUAUGACAGUGCUUUUACAUUCAACACAAAGGUGUGCAAAAGGCUGCUAAUGACAAAGGAUGGCUUAGGCAGUACAAAUAAAUGGAGAAAAUCAAGCAAUGGAUUGAUGCAUAAUGUAUGAAAUCUGUAUGAUAGAUUAUACUAUGGUACAAUAAAGAAAUAAGUUGUUAAGUGUGUCUGUCG